CGCGCCCAGCCCCUGCCGCGCGGGGCAGGCGAUGCUGAAGAUGCUCUCUUUUAAGCUGCUGCUGUUAGCCGUGGCUCUGGGCUUCUUUGAAGGAGAUGCUAAGUUUGGGGAAAGAAGCGAAGGGAGCGGAGCGAGGAGGAGAAGGUGCCUGAAUGGGAACCCUCCGAAGCGCCUGAAAAGGAGAGAUAGGCGGAUGAUGUCCCAGCUGGAGCUGCUGAGUGGGGGAGAGAUGCUGUGCGGUGGCUUCUACCCUCGGCUGUCCUGCUGCCUGCGGAGUGACAGCCCCGGGCUGGGGCGCCUGGAUAGCAAGAUGUUUUCUGUUACCAACAACACAGAAUGCGGGAAGUUACUGGAGGAAAUCAAAUGUGCACUUUGCUCUCCACAUUCUCAGAGCCUGUUCUACUCACCUGAGACAGAAUCCUUGGAAAGAGACCUGGCACUUCCCCUGCUCUGCAAAGACUAUUGCAAAGAAUUCUUUUAUACUUGCCGAGGCCAUGUUCCAGGUUUCCUUCAAACUACUGCUGAUGAGUUUUGCUUUUACUAUGCAAGAAAAGAUGGUGGCUUGUGCUUUCCAGAUUUCCCAAGAAAACAAAUCAGGGGACCAGCAUCUAACUACUUGGACCAGAUGGAAGAAUACGACAAAGUGGAAGAGAUCAGCAGAAAGCACAAACACAACUGCUUCUGUAUUCAGGAGGUUGUGAGUGGGCUGCGCCAGCCCGUCAGCGCCCUGCAUAGUGGGGAUGGCUCACACCGUCUCUUCAUUCUGGAAAAAGAAGGUUACGUGAAGAUACUUACCCCUGAAGGAGAAAUUUUCAAGGAGCCUUAUUUGGACAUUCACAAACUUGUUCAAAGUGGAAUAAAGGGAGGAGAUGAAAGAGGACUACUAAGCCUUGCAUUCCAUCCCAAUUACAAGAAAAAUGGAAAGCUCUAUGUGUCUUAUACCACCAACCAAGAGCGGUGGGCUAUGGGGCCUCAUGACCAUAUUCUCAGAGUUGUGGAAUACACAGUAUCCAGAAAAAAUCCCCAUCAGGUUGAUUUGAGAACAGCCAGAGUGUUUCUUGAAGUCGCAGAACUCCACAGAAAGCAUCUGGGAGGACAGCUGCUCUUCGGUCCUGACGGCUUUCUGUACAUCGUCCUCGGUGAUGGGAUGAUCACUCUGGAUGAUAUGGAAGAAAUGGAUGGGUUAAGCGACUUCACAGGCUCCGUGCUCCGGCUGGACGUGGAUACUGCCAUGUGCCACGUGCCUUAUUCCAUACCCAGGAGCAACCCGCACUUCAACAGCACCAACCAGCCCCCAGAAGUGUUUGCCCACGGCCUCCACGAUCCAGGCAGAUGUGCUGUGGAUCGACACCCCACUGACAUAAACAUCAAUUUAACAAUACUUUGUUCAGACUCCAAUGGAAAGAACAGAUCAUCAGCCAGAAUCCUACAGAUAAUUAAGGGAAAAGAUUAUGAAAGUGAGCCAUCACUUUUAGAAUUCAAGCCAUUCAGUAAUGGUCCUUUGGUUGGUGGAUUUGUUUACCGAGGCUGCCAGUCGGAAAGACUCUACGGCAGCUACGUGUUUGGAGAUCGUAAUGGGAAUUUCUUAACCCUCCAGCAAAGUCCUGUAACCAAGCAAUGGCAAGAAAAACCACUCUGUCUUGGCAACGGUGGUUCCUGUAGAGGUUACUUUUCAGGUCACAUUUUGGGAUUUGGAGAAGACGAAUUAGGUGAAGUUUACGUUCUAUCAAGUAGUAAAAGUAUGACCCAGACUCACAAUGGAAAACUCUACAAAAUUGUAGAUCCCAAAAGACCUCUGAUGCCUGAGGAAUGCAGGGCCACGGUCCAGCCUGCCCAGACCCUGACCUCGGAGUGCUCCCGGCUCUGUCGGAACGGCUACUGCGCGCCUACAGGAAAGUGCUGCUGCAAUCCCGGAUGGGAAGGGGACUGGUGCAGAGUCGCGAAAUGUGAGCCAGCAUGUCGCCACGGCGGUGUCUGUGUUAGACCCAACAAGUGCCUCUGUAAAAAGGGAUAUCUUGGUCCUCAGUGUGAACAAGUGGACGGAAACCUCCGCAGAGUGACCAGGGCAGGUAUUCUUGAUCAGAUCAUUGACAUGACAUCUUAUUUGCUGGAUCUAACGAGUUACAUUGUAUAGUUUCUGGGACUGUUUGACUAUUCC